UUGACAGUACAUAAUGCCACCAAAUACACAUGAAAAGUUGAAAAAUCGAAUCAUUAUGAAAAUGUCGCACCUAAAUUGAUUUUAAAAUUUGGCAUUAUAAGCAUAAAUAAAUUAUAUUUCGUCAUAUUGUAAUUGAAAAUAAGUGCGUGCAAAUACAAAAAUAGUUAUGGACAAUUAAAUGUCUAAUUCCUAAUUUGUUUAAUAGUCGCUGGUUUCAGUUGGUUUGAGCUGCGAAAAAAUCCAGAGCUAAUAACUUAGGAACCGGAAAGCAUUUAAAAUAUUCGCCAUGGCUGCAAUGUUUAAGAUCUAAAAUUACCCCAACCAAAGGAAUACGCUUGUGGAAAAAUGCCAGAGAAACGAAAUACGCCACACGAACUGCGUGUCUACAAGAUUGUGAUACUUGGAGAUGGUGGGGUUGGUAAAUCGGCUGUCACCUUGCAAUUCGUAAGUCAUAGCUUUACGGACUACCACGAUCCAACUAUCGAGGAUUCCUAUCAACAGCAAGCAGUGAUUGAUGGCGACGCCGCGUUGCUGGACAUACUCGACACUGCUGGCCAGGUUGAGUUUACGGCCAUGCGUGAUCAGUAUAUGCGUUGUGGCGAAGGUUUCAUAAUAUGUUACUCAGUUACAGACCGGCAUAGCUUUCAAGAGGCGUCAGAAUAUCGUAAACUAAUACAACGCGUACGACUAUCCGAAGACAUACCAUUGGUACUAAUUGCGAACAAAAUCGAUUUGGUUUUAGCAAGAAAGGUAACGACUGAAGAGGGCAAAAAUUUGGCAAAUCAAUUUGGUUGCCCGUUCUUUGAGACGUCCGCAUGUGAGCGACAUUGCAUUGAUGAACCAUUCUACACGCUCGUUCGCGAAAUACGCCGCAAAGAGGCACAAGGCAGUGGCACAAGUUCGGAAAAGCUACAUUCUCGUCGACGCAGCCGCUGGUGGCGCAUACGCUCAAUAUUCGCUUUGGUCUUUCGGCGCCGUAGAAAUCUUAAUUAGGCCUAUGCAUAUGCAGAACAUCAGCUAAAUGCGCGCAUUAAAGUGUAAAAUCAAAUUGGUAUAAUUACAUAAAAACGCACACAACUAAUCGGCGGUGAUUCUGCGCCUGCAACUGAAACGGUUGUAUACGCAACAUAUACUUUUCAUUUUUUACUAACAAUAACAAAAGCAUUUAUAUCAACAAAAUUUCCUACUGCUCAAAUCAAUCUAUAAGUUCUUUGCCAGUUCCAAUAAGGUAUGUGACAUCUUGUGUGUAAGUAAGCGCUUAAAGUUGCUUUAGUUAGCCAAGCUACGACCUAAUAUAGAUUUUCUUAAUUUAUUUUAUGCAUUUCUAAAAAUAUUGUAUUUUAUUUAUUUUUUAUGCAAAAUUAAUUUAAAACUAUUUAAAUUUUUUGGUUAGCGACAUUAUUUUUAUAACGGUUUGCUCAAAUGUCAAAAAUGCAAGGCAGAGAAAAAGUCAUAGUGAUUUCAUUUAUAGCUUUUGCUUUAAUUUCAAUAAGAAAAUCGUGUCGAAAGCUCGUGUGAUAGUUUUGAGUGUUAAAAAGUAAGAAGGCAAAAUAUUUAAAGAAUUUAUUCACAAAUAAUAUAAAAUAGAAAAGUGCGUAUUUUUCAAAAAUCUCUCUAAAAACAGCAAUAAACUAUUCAACCUGUCCAACAAAUACGUAUGAAUGUGUAUAAUAUACUAAGUACUAUAAUGUGCAUAGAAAUGUAUAUACAUACAUAUAUAAUAUAAAUGCAGUACAUUUUGAAUGCUAGAGCAUGCAACAUGACAACUAAUAAAUUAUAAAUAUUAUACAAAAAGUAAACAAAAAUACAAAUUCUUAAAAUUUUACUCAAUUAUUAAAUGAAUCUUUAAUAAUGAUACAUAUUUACGAUACUUCCGUAACACAAUUAGAUGGCUUAAUACAAUAUACAAAAAUAGUGAAUAUGUUAAAUAAUAAAAAAAAACAAAGACCAACUAGUUAAUUUAAAUAGAACUUGUUAAUUUUAUGCAAAUACUACCACUUGAAAGCGCUAAGACUUUUAUCCCAAAAAGUGAUAAACAAACGUAACUAACUAACUAUUGAAUGCGCCAUUCAGCGCGAAUUCUAUACGGGCCAUAUUAUAAUUAUAAGGAUUUGUUGAAAAUCGUACUAUCAGUCUGCGAAAAUUUCCCCCUACAUAUUGUACUACUAUUAAAAAAAAAUGUUACAGAUGUGUUAUCUAGUUGAACUUUUACAUGUAAAAUGUACUCAACAGAAAUAGUUUAUUUUGAAUUGUGAAUUCAAAAUGAGUCAUACUAUAUAAAUAUAGUUGAAAAACAUAUAUAUUAGUUAUAGCAUUAAUUUGAAAAGCUUUAAUAUAUUUAUUAUUUUUUAUUGUUAAAUAACAUGUAAUUUAUGUUUAUUUAUGUUUUUGUUGUUGCUUUAUUUAUGAAAUGUGUAAAUAUGUACAUAUACAUAUGUACAUCUUAUUGUACCUGGGUGAAUAAUAUUACUUUUACAAGCACAAACAUUACACAAACACUCGGGUAACAUGUUCCAAUAAAAAAAUUAUAGCAUAAAAAUUCACAAGAUUAUAGCAGAUUUGAAAUGGUCAACUAUACCAUAUUAAAUACACAAAAAAUUGAAACUGUAAGUUCCUUUGUUGUUGAAUGAAUUAUUUGAAAGUUUAUUUAUUGUAUUUUUUUGUUUUUAGAAAUAAGUUUAAUUUAAAUAAACCUGUGUGUAAUUGUUUCUAUGUAAACACAAUUAAUGUAUUAAUUAAUUGUAUCCAGCUUUUGUUUUGUGCAAUAAAUAUUACUUUAACCUCAAGAGGCGAAAAACAAUUUGAAUGUAUGUAUAUAAAUAUUUAAAUUCUCAACAAAAGUCAAAAAAGAAAACAUACAUAUAUAAACGUAAAUAUGUUUGUUGUUGUUGUUUAACUUUUUGUUUUGAUUUUUUUUCUGUGUACCGUGUACAACUAUGUUUUUUUCUACAAAUAAUAAUUUAUAUUAAAUAUUUGAAUUAUUUAAUUAAGUUAUUGAUGAAAGCAAAUGUUUAAAAAUCAAAAAAGUUAAUAAUAUUAUACUUUAUGUCUCCUAAUACCAUUAUAAAUAAAAUUAGAAUAUUGCGAAAUGGAAUUGUGUUUGAUUCACUCACUUACAUGGAUGACAGAACUCAUUUUAAGGCUCAAACUUUGAGGUUAGGUGAGGCAAUA